CCUUAUAUAAGUUCCAUCUUCUUCCUUAAUAGCUCUGCAAAACACUUUUGUCCAAACUCUAUCUUAGAUAAUGAAGGUCUCUAGUCGUUUGAUCUCAGCCCUUCUCCUAUUGUUCAUGAUCCUUGCCACAGGGAUUGGUCCGGUCACGGUAGAGGCACGGACGUGUGAAACGAGUAGCAACUUGUUCAAUGGACCAUGUCUGAGCUCAAGCAAUUGCGCCAAUGUUUGCCACAAUGAAGGUUUUUCAGAUGGUGACUGCCGUGGAUUCCGUCGUCGCUGUUUGUGCACCAGACCCUGUUGAUAGAUGAUCUAUCUUAUAUAUAUAUAGUGAAUAUAUAUUAUGAAAAACUUAAUAAUCUUUUCUAUCUCUUUGAUCAUUUUCUGACUUUGAUCCUAUCGUUUGCCUUUGAAACAACAAUAAGGAGGAGAUCUAAAAAUCUUUAAACCCUUUUGGUUUGAGCUUUCUAUUAUAGUAUUAUCUACCAGUGUUAAACAAUACUGCCUUUUAGUAAGCAUUUUCAAGUCUUAUGACUUUUAUGUAUCCAAUUAGAUUGGACUUACGUAUCUAAAUAAAACAUGAUUACUUUGAAUAA